UUUAUGGACGAUUUCCUUCUACAGCAUCAUUAUCAGCAGCCAUGUCAUGGAAUGAAUCAAGUAUAUAGUGUAUACAAAUACCGUGUUGAAUAUUUGUAAACUUUCAGUAGGCGUAUGGUUCUUGUUGUGCGUGAACGUAUUUCAAUCGAUAUUUUGUCGCUCCGAUUGAAUUUAAUUCUUUAAUAAAUACUUCAAUUGUAACAAAACACAGUAUUACUUUUCCCUACACACCGUAUCAAGGGAAAGUAUAGGAAUUGGUCCCGAAAACUUUUAAAGAGUAAAUUUGAGUGCAAAAUAUAAGGAAAUAAGUAAAUCAAAAAAAAAUUCCAUACCUUUUUUACUUAACUUCGUUUAAAUUUAGAAAAAGAAGAAAAAAAUGGAAAAAAAUAAUGCACACACUUUUUGCGACUUUAUGACCAAUCCACAACAUUAUAAUGUGGAAAGUGAUGAGAGUGUUAAAUACCAAAUCGACAACAACAUUCAAUAUUCACAAAACCUGACCACUGAAAAUAAAGCAGCUGUAGAGGCGUUCAAAACUUUUUUUAUCAAAAAUUAUCAGCAAUUCAAUCAAUGCCAACAAAGAAUUCAAGAAUUGAAUAAUGUUCCAAGCACAACUGAGAUUGAGGAUCAAAAACGUGUUUUGAUGGAUGAAGCAAAUUUCAUUGGGUCGUGUAUUAUUCAACAAGGUGGCCGAAUCUCAACCUCGAUUCAAACCGUCAAUAAUUUGUUGAAUGAAGCACAGCAAAUUCUCAUUGACAAACGAUUGACCAUGUGGAAAUAUUACCAAAUCUUAGCCGGAUUCGGCGAUAAAAACAUAAAACCCGAACCUGACUCGCACAACAAAAAUCCAGAGCUUCAAAAUGCACUUGAUAACAUUCAGACACAAUUUCAAGGAUUAUUUAAAUGUGCCUUGAGUGCAAUGCGCAUGUUAGACAUUAUUCGUAAAUGUUAUGGUCAUUUGAAUUAUGUUGAUGAUUUGGUAGCGAACGCAUUUGGUGAUAUUACAAUUGUGCUAAAAAAAUUGAUUCAGUCGAGUUUUAUCAAAGACCAACAACCACCUCAAGUUAUAACUGAAGGCACAAGAUUUGAAGCCAGUGUUCGCGUUCUUUUGCCCAAAUACAUUGUUAUCGCCCAAAAUCCACCAGAGGUUAAAGUUUCGUUUUUAUCGGAAUCACAAACAAGACAACAACAACAUCAACAACAACGUCCCAAAAAUGCGAAUUCGGGUAAAAUCGAUAUGGAUAAAUGCUGUUUUAAAAUCAGUUCAUCGAACGAUCGAACGCGUUUAGAAUGCCACUUAAAUAAAAUGAAACUGACAAAUAUUAAAAGAAAUUCCGAAAGAGGAACCAACAAAUCUGUAAUGGAUGAAAAGUUUUGUCUGCUUUUCGAAACCGAUCUACAAAUGUUGGGACCUAUCAACUCGUCAGUUCGUGUGUGGACCAUGUCAGUUCCGGUGACGGCUGCAUCGAACGUAUGUCAAAAGAGAGAUGGUUUGGCUACCAUCGCAUGGGACAAUGCAUUCUUUGAAAUUGGUCGAACUACAUUUGCUGUUCCAACUAAAGUGCACUGGUAUCAUAUGGAACAGGCGCUAAGCAUGAUUUUCUACCAUCAAACUGGCUGCUAUUUGACAGCACAUCACUUGCAAAGCUUGUAUGAAAAAGUGUUUGGCCCAUCGCCAAGGGAACACCGUUCAAUGUCGUGGGAACAAUUCGGCAAGGCUCAACUGCAACCACAUACGGAUUUCUCAUUCUUCACUUGGUUCUACGAAGCAGCGAAACUGACGCGAGUUCAUCUCAGUGAACAAUGGAAACUUAUCGCAGGAUUUAUUAGCAAAGAUAAAGCCACAGAAGAGCUCCUCAAAUAUGAACCGGGUACAUUUUUGCUACGAUUUUCCGACAGUGCACUCGGAGGCAUUUCGGUUGCUUGGGUUCAACUCAAUGCCUAUGGAACAAAGGAAGUUAAACAUAUGCAACCCUUUGUUCAUGCGGACUUUGAAAAUAAGGAAGGUGGAAAAGAGUUUCGUUCGAUUGGCGAUCUUAUUAAAAAUCACCAUAAAUGUACACAUUUGUAUCCUGGAAUGAUUCCAAAGUAUAAGGCAUUCGCUGAAUACUUCACACAGCCAAAUGCAACUAAGAAAGGAUACGUUCCAAAACAAUAUACAUUUUUAGCACCACCUGAGGAAAAUGAAGUAUCAAGCUCCUCUUCUCCAAGUUCCGCUUCACCAAGCGUCUCUUCACCAAGCGUCUCUUCUCCAAGCUCCCCUUCACCAAGCUCCUUUUGUCCGAGCUCCCCUUUUCCGAACCCCUCAGUUUCGAGCUUCUUCUCUCCAAAUAGCACACAGAAUCGGCAAUCACCAUCACGUUCGGAUUACAUAGAUGACAUCAUUAAAUACUUGGAAGAGCCAAUGGACAUUGAUUUUUCAAUAAUGUUACAAACCAUUACUGGCAAUUAGACCAUCGAAGGAAAGCUGAUUUGGACACAUUUCUUUGAGAAAUGACGUAGAAUAUAUAAACUUAUUGCCAUAACAACAAAGCAACUGCCAAUAACAUCUCAAUUCCAACUAAUUGGAUCAUUGAAUGUUUCGGCAACUUUUUUCAAUCGUGUGUAGCUUUCCUAGUAUAUAAUCAACUUUACGGCGACACUAACAGCUUUUCUGUAUAGUUUACACAGUACACACAUACGAAAAUCAUAGUAUUUUGGCAAAUAGCGUAGAAAGCUGUUAGCGUCGCCGUAAAGUUAAUAAUAUUCUAGUAAAGCCACACACACGAUUGAAAAAAGUUGCCGAAACAUUCAAUGUGUUGGAAUUGAGAUGGCAUUGACUAUUAUGUGUCAAAUGACUUACAUUUGAAAUGUAUUGUGGCACUUUCGCUAUGGUAGAAUAUUAAAUAUUUUCCUAAGCGAUUAUUUUGUUAGCAAAUAUUUAGACAAUUCAAACAAGAUGGCUUUGUUCGUAUAUAUAAAUAUAUAGGAAAUAUUCGUUGUAAGACACCAAGACGCCGUUUACACGGGACAGCAUGAACCUGCCAUCACCAUAUUGAAAGUGAACAUUGUCGUUUGCGUACACAGUGUCACACACAUACACAACCAUCGAAAGUGUCCGUGUACUACGACAGUUUCAUGCUUUCCUUGCCUAGAGGACCGAUGUCGUUUUUGACUCACCCAGAACGCGAGCUUGAUUCAACUUAUCGCUUAUUGAAUUGAAUGUAAUGAACUUUACCUAAUACCUACUUUUGACCAAUAAUUUUUUCAAUUUUCCUUGUUUCCGUGCAAAAAUGCAAAUAUUCCACAAAAAAUCCUUGUAAUAUUGGUUGCGGUAUCAUACUGCAGAUUUACAUUGUGUUAAGUAAUAAUAUAGUUAUGCCCACGAUAUAAAUAGCACCAUUGAUAUUUGUAUGUCCAUUAUUCAUUGUCCAUUGAUCACACUAACAAACAACUGUAUCAUGUGCUCAUUUCUUGGACUUUGCAUUCACGUAUCAAUAUCAACGAUAAGAUUACCGGUCGAUACAAAGCAUAACAUAACAUUGCUUCUGGUUCCAAAAAUGGUCAAUAUAUCGUUUGAUUAACUCUUUUUUGAUCUUAAGAAUAAUACUCUUCUAAUAUUUUUACGCAAGUCAAUGUCUGACAUUUUGGUAUUUCCGUUUUAAAUGGUAUUUAAAUCGUGGCCGCAAUCAAUUUGGUAAAUAGUUUUAUUUUAUUCCAAGCAAAAGCUAUAAUAAAACCUAAAACUACCUUUUA